AUGUUCAAUUUGCUUUUGUCGAAAUUAGAUGUUGACUCCAUUAAGUUAUUCGAGUUGGAACAUAAGUCUAAUGAAAUUCCUUCAUUUAAAAAAUUAGUAGCGUUCAUCGAAACCCAAUACAUCGCGUAUGAUAAUUUAGACAGCAGUAUAGGUGAGGGAAAGAAGUCGUCGCGGGCCCCAAAUAACAAGGAGCCAAAGGCCAACGCGAAACACCAGGCUGGUGAUUCAAGGCACAAUCGUAGUAGCUCGUCGUUCGUGACAAAUUCGUCUUCAGUAUGUUGCGCUUUAUGCAAACAAAGCCAUUAUCUCAACCAGUGUUCGUUGUUCUUGAAAAAAUCGCCAAAAGAGAGAUACCAGUUUUGUAAAGAGUCUUCUUCCUGUUUUAAGUGUCUUAAUCAGGCUAACCAUUCAGUCAAGUCGUGUCCUAAAUCCUUCAAAUGUAGCAAAUGUAGUAGUCAUCUCCAUAAUAGUUUGUUACACUUCGAGAGAAACCGUUCCAAUAGUCAGUCGUCCUCAGAAAAUAAUAGUCCAGGGACAUCGGGAAUCGAAUCGUCUCCUGAAGUAUCCCAUUGUGCCGCUAGUUUUGUAGGAAAGAAAAGUGAAACUAAAAAGGAAAUCUUGCUCGGUACUGUUUUGGUUCAUGCAAUUGACAGUAAAGGGUGUAAACAACCCUUGAGAUGUCUUAUUGAUUCGGGUUCGAUGAGUUCGUUCAUUAGUCGAAAGGCUGCCAAUCGAUUGGGAUGGCCUAAAACUCCUUGCUCGUUAGAAGUUAACGGACUCAAUUCGAUGCAAACGAAACUGAAUCAGGGGCAAAUAAGUUUCUCUAUCCAACCUCGUCAUCAGGAGUCACCGGUGUUUCAUUUGGAGGCUAUUAUUACAGAUCGGGUUUGCUCGGAUUUGCCCAGCACCCAAAUAGAUAUUUCUGCUUGGAAUUAUAUUAAAAAUUUGAAGUUAGCUGAUCCCAAAUUUAAUUGUAGUCAAUCGGUCGAUUUGUUAAUUGGUUGUAGUAUAUUUUCGAAGGUGUGGUUAGAGGGUAAAAUUGAAGGUAAACCGGGACAACCUGAUGCCCUAAAUACCGUUUUUGGAUAUAUUUUGUUGGGCCCAACUAGCACACCUAACCUUUCGUCAACUUGUUUUUCUUCUUCGUCGCUUGUUUGUCUUUCAAAUGUGGAAGACUCGUUAGAUUCUUCGUUAAGGAAAUUUUGGGAACUGGAGAACAUACCGGAAGAGCCAGUUUCAGAACCGGAAGAUGUUCUUUGCGAAACCAUUUAUCGGGAAACACAUAGUCGGGACGUCUCGGGAAAAUAUGUUGUGUCUUUGCCUUUUCGUGAAUCGCCGCCUUGUUUAAAAGAUAGCUAUGAUGUUGCUUUAAACAGAUUUAUUUCGUUGGAACGUCGCUUGUUUCGUCAGCCGGGUUUGCAAAAGGAAUAUUCGUCCCAUAUGCAGGAGUAUAUUGAUUUAGGUCAUAUGCAAUUGGUUCCUGAGGGCGAAAAGACAAAGGGAAAGUAUUAUAUCCCACAUCAUUGCGUUGUUAAGUCGGAAAGUGUCUCUACUAAAAUUCGAGUGGUAUAUAAUGCGUUUCAGAAAAGUCCCAGACUUGCGAACUGGGAAAAAUAUACUGAUGAAUUGGAAACCCAAGUGAAAAAUAUAGUCCCGAUCCCCAAAAACUAUGAUGCAUUCAUCAAACUUGUAAAACGAACCUCAUGUAAACACAUACUCAGAGGAUGUCAACAACAUUACAUAUCUGGUCUGAACGAUGAAGCAAAAGACAUUAUGACAAAGUACACCGAAGAAUAUAGUAAAGACCCAUUUAGCGAAGUUACGGCACAGAUAGGGGAGAGACUGCAGCAAAUACUAAGCGCCUCCAGACAAGAACGGUGGAGCGAGACUUUAAGUAAAAUGGAUAUGACGCACAGUAGUAAGCAGGCUUAG